CUUUAUUAAAAAUCUGGCACUGUGCAUGCAGGUCCGAACAAAGUUUCAGGCUGACAACAACAAUACUCAUAGAUCUUCCCGUGUUCUGUCGGAGACGUUAGGCCCCGAGAAUUCAAGAUGCCGAUGAUAAAGCUUCAGAGUUCUGAUGGAGAGGUGUUUGAAGUUGAUGUUGAGAUUGCCAAGCAAUCUGUCACAAUCAAAACGAUGUUGGAAGAUCUUGGAAUGGAUGAAGAUGAAGAUGAGCCGGUCCCAUUGCCCAAUGUGAAUGCGGCGAUCCUGAAGAAAGUCAUCCAGUGGUGCUCAUUCCAUCGUGAUGACCCCCCACCCCCUGAGGAUGAUGAGAACAAAGAGAAGAGAACUGAUGAUAUCUGCUCUUGGGAUGCAGAGUUCCUCAAAGUUGACCAGGGUACUCUAUUUGAGUUAAUCCUGGCUGCCAACUACUUGGAUAUAAAAGGACUCCUGGAUGUCACUUGUAAAACAGUAGCAAACAUGAUCAAAGGGAAGUCACCAGAAGAAAUCAGAAAGACCUUCAAUAUUAAAAAUGAUUUCACACCGGCAGAGGAAGAGCAGGUGCGCAAAGAGAAUGAGUGGUGUGAAGAGAAAUAGGCAAAUGUCUCCACUUCAUGGUCCAUCCCAGAACCUUUUGUAACAGAGAAAUAACAGGACACUGAGAGCCCCAACCCCACCCCACAAGCCCAGCCACUUUGGUAUAUAUUAUGUGAUAAGCUAUUCAACUUGGUCAUUCAUACCUGUACAUAGAAUUGUGAUGUUUGUCUGUGUGUGCGUUUGAGAAUUUGUCAGCCUUUUAGUUGAAACAAUUGAUCUGUUCUUCAUUGAAUUAUGUUGUAUUGUUUUUUCACUUCUGUUGGAACCUUGCAGUUAGUUAAAAGAUACUUAUGAAUUUUGACGAAGGAGUGACAUUUUUUCGGGCUUUUGUAACCUGUAGUAAACUGAGAACCACUAACGAUACCUUUGGGGAUAAGAAGACGUGUUGCUUUGGUGAUUUUUACUUUAUACAUUGUUUAGUGAAGAUCAAACCUCAUAAUAAAGCGAAUGUUUGGUUGUAUGCCUUGUGUUGAUUUGGAAUUCUGUGGAAUGUAUACACAAAAUGAAGCACUGUUUGUGUCGAAAGGGUAUUCUCAAGGGCACACAUUUUAUUUAUUUUCUCACUGCAGCUGGGGGAAGGGGGUUGGGUGUGUGUGUAUGUGUGUGAGAUAAGAGGCCAGUAGGUUGUGCUUCUGUCUUUUCUCUUUGCUCUAUGUCCGCUUUCUUUCCUUGAACUCUUUGCCUUUGUUAUUUCGAUUCAUAUUUUUUUUGCAGCUGAAAUGAAUACCUGUAAACAGCUUGUUGUCCCUUUACUGUGAAGGACUGUCAUUUAUGACAAACUGUUCCUCCUUUUCUCUCACAUGUGCACUUUGUGUUUACAUUCUAGAGUUGUGAAGCGUGAUAGCGAGUUUCCCUGUCCCCCAAAUGAAUCUGUCAAAAUUCACUUUCUGUUAUCUAUAGAUAUAUUUAUUUAAUACAUUAUCUCUAAGUUUAGAGUACGUUUACAGGAGUGAAUAAUUUUUCCUUAAAAGUAGGUCCAUAGUAGAUUAGAAGAAUGACUCUGGGUUCACCAAGUCGUAAGUUUAGCAAGACCUUUAUUAUGUCCACACUCUAGAUAAAGGGGGGAAAUUUUGCCUCUGUAAUAAGCUCGAUACAAGCUAUUGUUUUCAUGAAGGCAACCCUGACACGAGGAGCUGGAAAAUGGUUACGUUUUUAUGAGGCAGGGGGGAAAGGAAUCCUUUGCAAGGUGCUUUGAAGUCCUCCUAGGUCUUAUUUUUUUGAGAGACAUUUGACUGGUGAGGCUGACUUUUGAAUUUGAGGAUUUCUAAUAAACUGAUUGUUUUCCUA